CAAUGUCGCUUGUUCUGCUUUGCUAGUAAGUGGUUUUAUUACAGGCCCUCGUGUCUGUCAUGACUCAGUGUUUAAAAAGAUGACAGCAAGGUGUUGGCAAGCACCCAGCCUUCUCAUCUUUUCAUAAAUUGGGAGACCAGAUGACCCUUAAGGUAGAAGGCGAUCCAGGCUAUGGCGUGUCUGCUGGGAGUCGAUUUUCAGGUCUGGAUGCUUCGGAGACCGUUCCCCUGCUAAUUCCAGAGCCCGAGCCUCACCUGUACACCUGGAAACCCCUGAGUAAAGAAGAGCUGGUGAAAUGUGCAGGUGGACCAGGUUGGAAGAAGUUUCGUUUUCGUCUGGUUCUGGCCUUCUGGAUCGGUUGGGUGGUCAUGUUGGGAAUUGCAAUCACAGUGAUCGUUCAGAGCCCGCGGGCCGUGACUCCUGUGUUGCUCUGGUGGCAGAAGGAUCCAUUUUAUCGCUUGCAACCAGCACUCUUUGUUGAUGCAGAAAGCGGUGAACCCAACACUAUCAGCAGGGUGUCUGAGCGGUUGCCGUAUUUCAAGUCACUGAGGGUCGGGGCUCUGAUCCUGGAAGGGCUGUUUCGUAAGGACGGCUCCACACCAAACCUGACACAGAUUGACCAAGAUGUAGGCACCCUUCCACAGUUCACGCAGCUUAUGACAGAAAGCCGAAAAGCAGGUCUGAGAAUAAUGCUGUGCCUUUGUGAAGCGGUCCUUUUUGAGCCAACGGCGAGCAAUAACACUGAGGUUCGGUCCGGCACUUUAGGAAAUAUACAGUACUCUUUAAGAUAUUGGCUGGAACAAGGUGUGUCAGGGUUUGAAAUCUGCGACACAGACACAACCUUCUCCAUCAAGAUGUUAAUGGAGUGGAAUGUGCUGAUGCAAGAGUUCAGUUCACAAGAUGAUGAAAGAAUUCUGAUGGUGAGGCAAACAGGUGGUAGUCUUCUACUAUCUAAUACAUCCAACCUAGUUAAUGGUUCACUGGUGGAGAUGGUUACAAAGUCACUGAUUCCUCCAUCGCACCAUCCACUAAAGGCCCCUGAAGUGGGUGAGGCCAUUAAAACCAUUCUGCAGAUGCCACAAGGAUACUGGCCAAGCUGGACUGUGGGUGGAGAAGUACCGUGGGAACUGCAGAGAGCGAUUCUCGUUUUGAUGAUGACUCUACCUGGGACGCCCAUCAUCAAGUAUGGAGAUGAGCUGAACCCAGUUCAGGAUAUUUAUGUGAAUGUGUCUAAUAAGGAUCCUGCAAAUGGAGAUACCACAAAACAGGGUCAGGAUGAGCUCAGACGUCCUCACGCCCUGUUUCGCUCUCUGAGUCAAUUACGUGCCCGUGAAGAGGCUCUCCGCUUCGGCAGCUUCACCUUCCUCCCCUUCAACACCACUUUGUCCUCCACCACCCUCAAUUCAACAGCCACGCCUCCUCUAGCGUUCCUGCGCUCAUGGGGGUGCGUUCAUUUACUGGUGCUGUUAAAUUUGGGAUCUGAACCCCAUGCUGUAGAACCAGACUGGGCUCGUAGCCUACCUGAAGAUGGGUUGUUUGUUUUGAGCACUGGACUCGACCGAAUAGGCCCUGUGUCUGUACGAACAAUAAUACUCCAGCCACAUGAGGGUAUUGUUAUAAAACAAUUUGAGACUGACAACUCUUCCUGAGGUGAAAGGCUUGUGAAUGGUUAUGAAUUCUUCCGUUAUCCCAUGACAUUUAUAUAUCUUAUUUCACUUUCGGUGCUAGUUCAAAGGAAUUUGCAGAAUGGAUAUAAAUCUGGUAAAAUUAGUUAACUGGAGCUGAGAGUACUAUACUAUGUUUGUCAGUUUAAAGUAUGAUCAUAUUAACCAAUAUUUUUAACACUGGGUGAGGGAUCAAAUGUUUUAGUUAAACGGAUAUGUGUACUGUAUUAGAUGUACAAUAUUAUAUAGUUAAACAUAAAUGCAUGUUUUUUAAAAAAAAGUAAUAAAUGUUUGAAUUGGCAUUGGAGUGCACUUUAUUUACAAAUACAUGAGAUACUUUUAUAUCUUAGAAAACUGUACAGUACCUGUGUGCCAAAGAGACAUGAGUAUUUUCAGAUUUUGAGGGCAAAUCAUAACCAUAUUGCUUCAAUAACUGCUUAUUCAUAGCAUAUCCUCUGACCUUCACAUCUGUCAUAACACAGAUCAAAAUGAUCUUCGCUUUCAGUUUCAGUCUCCAAUGGCAUUGGGUCAUUUAUAUCAGAACAUUCUGAACCUCUGGUUUUGUGUUUAAAUGUCAACUAAGGAGGAUUUCACUGUAACUUUGCAGUU